AGGCUCAGUCAGCUGUCACAGUCUGAGGCGGCCAGAGGAGCACAGCGAGGAGAAACACAACCACAGCCAAAAUGUCCAGUUUUAACGACAAGUUCGGCGCUUACACGAUGACUCAGCUCAACGAAAUUCUGGAGGACGACGAAAAACUCACAAAAAUGGUUCAGGAGAUGGACGAGAUGCAGGACGUCCAGCAGAGCAAAGAGAGGACGCUGGUCAAUAAUCGAACCCUGGCAGAGAAAAACCUUGCCCUGCAGCCCAGACUGGAGCACAAGAAAGAGCAGCUCACCAAGCGCUACAGUUGCCUUCAGGAGAGCUUCGAGUCCUAUCAGCUUCGCAAGUCCACUCUAGACCACAAGUCAGGAAACACCUCCCUGGACAUUUUGCUGGCCCUACUGCAGGCAGAGGGAGCCAAAAUAGAAGAGGAGACAGAGAAUAUGGCUGAUUCUUUCCUGGAUGGUGACAUGACCCUGGACUCCUUCAUCGAUGCCUACCAGAACAAAAGGAAGCUGGCCCACUUGAGACGGGUAAAGAUCGAAAAGCUGCAGGAGAUGGUGCUGAAGGGUCAGGGACUCCCUCAGGCUUCAGUCCCUCCCUCGCGAUCUCAGGAUAUGUCAGCAGCAGCCUCCGUCCUCACUGAGGCCGGCAGCAGCUCCUCCCCUGUCCCCCAGCCCAGGAGGAAACCACCACCUCCUCCAUCCCAGCCAGCACCACUUCUAAAUCAAGUGCCAGCUCCAACCACUGCCCUCCAGCCUCCUGUCUUCUGUUCAGCAGCGCCAUACCCACCAAUUCCUCCUAGAACCGGGCAACCCUUCCCCAACGUCUCCUCUGGCUACCCCAGCCACUACCUCUCUCAGUACCCCCCUGCUCUGCCUCAAAGGCCUCCACCUCGUAUGACCCCGCAGCCUGGCUUCAUCAUGCAGUAAAUUAAAGAAGCUGCAACUCAGAGAGUGCAGUUUGUGUCAAGGACUUUUCACUACUGGAACUCCCCUGAGGGCAACAUUUCUCUGCCGUCUGCCGCCUUGGUUUACAACCAAUCACAACACAAGAAGGCAGACCUUCACCGGCUGGUCUGGUCACGUUCAGCUGAAACAGAUCUCCAAUAAUCUCUGUGGAUUUGACCUCUCACUCCAACACUCCCUAAAAAUAAAUGCAUAAAUAAAGACGUGGCGAGAUCGGCCUUGACUGUCACUUAGCCUGAGUCCCUUUGGUGGAGGCCCCGAAAUAGGCUGUGGUGAAAAAAGUGACAAUCUGUGGGCUGCUGACCUGGGACCUGUCAUUUAUCAGCACUUUGUCUCCAGGCAGAGCCCCCAGUUAGUUUCUCACCUCCCUUCAAACAUGUUCCUCAGGCAUUUAUGGAACACUAAAGUCAAACGGAAAACAAUUUGAUUAGUCAUUUCCAUAUGCAGCAUACUAUUUUACUGGUAACAUAUAUGCAAGCAAGGAGAGACCCUAAUUACUGUGCAGUUUAGAUGAAAAAAUAAUUUCCCAGAGUAUAUUCAGGCAAAAACUGCAUCGUCUAUGCCAUGAUUUAUUUUUUUUUUUUUAGGUACAGAGGAAUAUUUAAAUUUCAGCAUCUUCUUAUGAUAUAGUACUAAUAGAUUUAUGUUAAUAACCGCCACAAUAGACUGAUUAACAUGUGGAAAGGAGGGUUUUGGUUGGUGUGUCUCUUCUUCAAUACAUCCAUAUGUCUAAAGAAAGUCCAGACCUGCCUGGUUCAAAAUAGCUUACUGGUCCAUGUCAGGACAGAAGUCUAAAGGGAAGUGAAGGAGAGGAUUAGCGGCUGAACUGUUCUAAUAAAUGAAUUGGCCUGUAAAGCCGCACCUAAAAUGAAGGAUUUAUGUAUAGCCAUACAGUACACUUCAGAUGUGUGUCGUUUUCUGUGGGUUCCUGUUGUAAUGCAACACUCCUUUAGGAUGUCCAUUGUCUUUAACACCCUCAGUUGGGGUUGGAAAUUAUGCCAACAGUUCUUUGGAUUUCAUACAUACUGUAUGGUUCAGUUCAGUUUUCUGUCACACUGAGCACCAAAGACUUCCCACGUCUGUGUUAAAUUUUUUUGCUACAAUCUUUUUUUAUGUAAGUGAAACAUUUAGUAAGAAUAUCUUUCAUUGUUUCCAAGAUAUCUGUUUAUGAUCUUGAGCUGAAACACUCUUUUGUAAACAUGCAAGCCAGAUGUCGUCAAGGGGAACUUGGAACAUCAACCCGGCUUUGGGAGGAAACAUUUUUUUCUGGUGCGAUUUUUAAAAAAUAGUUUCUAUGUCCCACUCCCAACUGCUGUCGCUGUGCACUGUUGAAGAGCCACGAGUGCCUACACUUGAAGUGACGUUGAUCACGUCCUUCUGACUACUCCAUGUUUCUCUAUGCUCAGCCGUAGAUGCUAGAAUCCCAUGCCCCAACUCUAUAGAUAAUAACUAGCCCAGUAUUUGAUAUUACUCUCCUGCUGCUGAUUUUAUGUUUCACUUUAUUAGAAGGUUUUUAAAAACUCUGACUGUUGGAUUGACAGACUUUAUUUCUCUCUAGUAGCAGAAAAUCAAUACAUAACAUGUGCCAGAGAGACGAGGGACACCCUCAGGCUGUGUGUCCAGUGGUGCUUGUACUUCUCUUUCUUUGAUGGGGUGAAUUCAAAGAUUUUUGCAUGUGAUGAUGUUGCUGUUUUUUUUGUUUUUUUUUUUAAUGGGUAAAAUAACAGGGCUCUAAAAUGAUUAGUGUCAUUGCUGUGAUCAUACUUCACCUCAAGGCAAAGAAAUGGAUAAAACAUACAUGUCAGCAGGCAAAACUACAGAAAAAUCUGAAACAUCUCGAUGAACCAGCAUUUCUAACGACUAACAAUGGAUAAUUCUCUUGUGCAUGGCCUUUGCUCUUUGUGUUCAGUUUAAAGAUUCCUCUUUAAAACUUUAUUUUUUAGCUGUUGAGCUGCUUUUUGCGUUCAAACUGCUCCUCUGCAUUCAUGGUUUUAUAUGUGGUUGGUGAUAAUUUCAGUGUAAUGUUGUAGGUAUGUACUUAUAAUGAAUGUUUAAGUGGAAUUUAAUGCUAUUUUCAAGUUCAAUAAAUCUCAAUUUUUUUUUA